GGGGCAGGGGGUGCCGCAGCCGGGCUCUGCUCCGCGCCCCCAGCCCGGGAGGGCCGCCGCGCCUGUCCCCCUCCUCCCCCUCCCCAACCCCCCCCUCCAGGAGCCCCCCUCUCUCCUCGCCCACCUCCGCCGGGAGCGAGCGCCGCGGCUGUGCGGAAAAGCCAUGGGAGGCAAGACCUCGGCACCUGUUCAGCUGAAAUCAAGGGCUUACAGUAUACUGGGCACUCUGGCUUGGUGGUAGGAGCGAGCAAAAGGAAGGAGAAGCAAGCAAGAAAAAGUGAGAGAGGAUUGGAGCGACUGCCGCUGCCGGGAAAAAAAAAAAAAAAAUAAAAACCCAAGGAAGAUAACUGGGAAGGAAAAGGAUUUUCAUGGCGCAGGCUGCAGAGCUAAGCAAGAAGACUGAAGGUUGCAUCUCUGCUCUUACAGUCUCUAACUGUCUAGGUCCAGAUAAUGAGAGAUUGUGUUGAGGAUGCUGCUGCUGCUCCCCUGUUCACUGUGGAAGCCAUCUCCAAAUUAGCCAUUACAUAUGGAAACUGGAGACCAGAAUUUUAGAAAAAGGGAUUAAGGCGUCUCAUUUUGGGGGGGGUUCUCUCUUUAUUUCUUUGGUUUUUCUUGGUUCUUUUCUCUCUUUUUUUUUUCUUUUUCCUUUUUCCUUUUUUUAUAUUUCAACCAGAACGUUUCCGAUUUAAAAGGCAAGCCUCUUCCCGUGUGGUCUUUCUAAUUUACACUCUUUUCCGUGGGCUUUCUUACCUCCCUUUUUUGAUAUCUAUCUCUCUAUACCCAUUAUAUUAUUAGUCGGAAUUAUUAUUCUUUUAUUUUAUUAAACACACACACCCCAAGAAUCAGAAGGCGGUUGGGUAUUUGUAUAAUGAAGAAUUAUGGGGCUCUUUGACAGAGGUGUUCAGAUGCUUUUAACCACCGUUGGUGCUUUCGCUGCCUUCAGCCUGAUGACCAUAGCUGUGGGGACCGACUACUGGCUUUACUCCAGAGGGGUUUGCAAGACUAAAACUGUCAGUGAGAACGAAACCAGCAAAAAGAACGAGGAAGUCAUGACCCAUUCUGGAUUAUGGAGAACCUGCUGCCUGGAAGGGAAUUUUAAAGGUCUGUGUAAGCAAAUCGAUCACUUCCCUGAGGAUGCAGAUUAUGAAGCCGAUACAGCAGAAUAUUUCCUCCGGGCUGUUCGAGCCUCUAGUAUUUUCCCGAUCCUGAGCGUGAUUCUGCUUUUCAUGGGUGGACUCUGCAUUGCAGCCAGCGAGUUCUACAAAACCCGACACAACAUCAUCCUUAGUGCCGGCAUCUUCUUCGUGUCUGCAGGUCUGAGUAAUAUAAUUGGCAUCAUCGUAUACAUAUCAGCCAACGCUGGAGACCCCUCCAAGAGUGACUCCAAGAAGAACAGCUACUCCUACGGCUGGUCCUUCUAUUUCGGGGCCCUGUCCUUCAUUAUAGCCGAGAUGGUGGGAGUGCUGGCCGUCCACAUGUUCAUAGACCGGCACAAACAGCUGCGUGCCAACGCCCGUGCCACGGACUACCUCCAGUCCUCCGCCAUCACCCGCAUCCCCAGCUACCGGUACCGCUAUCAGAGACGCAGUCGCUCCAGCUCCCGCUCCACCGAGCCUUCACACUCCAGGGAUGCCUCUCCCGUCGGGAUCAAAGGGUUCAACACCCUCCCAUCAACAGAGAUCUCGAUGUACACCCUGACCAGGGACCCGCUGAAGGCAAGCACCACCCCCACCGCCACCUACAACUCCGACAGGGAUAACAGUUUCCUCCAGGUUCACAACUGUAUCCAGAAAGAGAACAAGGACUCUAUCCACACCAACACAGCCAACCGCCGGACCACCCCGGUAUGAAGCCGUCGCCAGGAGCUGAAAAUGGGGCAGGAUCGGGCAGGAGGAGGCGGGGGUGGGCUGCAGGGUGGGGAGGGUGGAAGGGGGCAGGGGGCAGCGAGGGGGGUGGGGGAGGAGGAGGUGGAACCGCCCCUUGGUGGAGUGGGGACCUUCCCAAUGCAAAAAAAAAAAAAAAAAAAAAAAAAAAAAAAUCCACAAAAAAACCAACAAAAGCAAACAAAAAAACUGACAAAAAAAACAAAAACAAAAACAAAAACAAAAACAAAAAAAAAAACAAAAAAAAAACAACCAAGGAACAAGCAGAUAAGCAGACAAACAAGCGAGUGAACAAAAAAAAAAAAACCAAACAAACGAAAAGGAAACAAGAGGAAAGAGACAUCAGUGAAAAAAAUUCUUUAAAAAAAAAAGCAAAAGAAAAAAGAAAAAAAAGAAAAACCUUAAAACUGAGAGAAAGAGAUUUAAAAAAUAGAAAUAAAUUUAAAAGAAAAUGCAUGAUUUCCCAUGUACCAUUAUUUUAACAUUUAAUAAAAACAGAAUAAAAAAAUAAAAGGGAACCAAGAAAUAACAAAUGACAAUAAAUCAAGUGGGAGGAAGAGGAGGAGGAGGCAGCUUUUUUAAUUUCAGGAGGUUUUAUUCUUUUAUUUUGUGGUUUGUUUCCCACUAACCUUUAACCCAGCACAGGCUUCUUGGGGAACAGGGGAUGGGGGCUCGGCUGCCAGUGACUUUGGUGUCCUUGGGCCAGUUAUGGAGGAUCCUGGGUGCCGGAGUUAGCCACGACCCACUCUGUUCCCCCGAGACCCACGGGGAUCCACUCCAUUCCCCUGGGAUCCGUGGGGAUCUGCUCGUCCUCCACAGGUCCAGAGAGGUUUAAAGUGACCCUAGGGAGUGCAGGAGCUGAUGCUGAGUCACCCCUCCACAGAGUCCCCAGGGGGGUGCCCAUUUCCCCCAGCCCUGGGGACCCUGGGGUUAACGGUGACAGUGCAAAAAACAAACAGAUACAGUGAAUAAAGACACACGCAGAGAAAAAAAGAAAAAAAAAAAAAAAAAAAAAAAAAAAGGACAAAAGAGGUUUCUUAAAAAAAUAAAGUGGCAAUUUUUUAAUAAAACAACAGCUAUAAAUAAAUGUAAAUAUAAUAAGUGGAUUUACUCGCAAGAAGAACAGAUAGUAUUUUUUUCUUUUAAUUUUUGUUUUCUUCAGCUUUAAACUGUGAAAAAAAGAAAGGAAAAGAGGCAGCAGGGAGCUGUGUGGGAGGCACAGGUAGAGGGUGGGGGGGCUGGUGGAGGGCAGCUGGGGCUCCCAUCCUUUUAGGGUGAUGAUGCUGUGGGGGGGACACACACGGGAUGCUGUGGGGGGGACAGCACUCACGCACAGGUGUGCCCAUGCUCACACACUCGUGCCCUGCUGGGCUCACGCUCUCCUGUGAAUGCUCCAGAGGCUCCCCAGGGUGGCCACGCACCCCUCAAAUCCGCCCAGGUCCCCCUUGGCUCACAUCAGUGGGGCUGCAGCCAUGCAGGGGCACGGUGAGGCCACCCCGCCGCCCCCUGAAAUCGCUCCCAUCCUCGCCUGGGCGCAGAGAGCACACCCCGACCCAGAGCCGGCCACAGGCGCUGAUCCGUGCAGCCCCCAUCCCAGAGAGCCCCCGGGGACAGGCGCCAAGCCAGGGGUGUCCCCAUGCCCGCCGCCUUCUGUCCCGGUCCCCACCCUGUCCCGGGGUCCCCCGGCUGCCGUGCAGCAGGGCAAGGCUGGGUCCCCCAUCCCCUGGCUGCGCCCCCUCCCUCGCUCCCUCUCUUCCCGGGGAAAGGGGCACCGGGUGCCGCCUUUUGGUGCCGCUCCCUCCCCGAGAGCCGCUGCGGUGAUGCAGGGGUGAUGGGGUGACACCCACAGACACCGGGGCGAGGACGGGACCCCCGUGGGGCUGCCCCCCCGAAAGGAGGAGCGCCUGGGGCAGGCACAAAGCCGCGAGUUUGCAGGAUGGGGCCGCUGAGCCUUUCGGCAGCUCAGACCCACUUUUCGACUUUUUUUCCGUCCCCGUUCCUGCUGCUCCAGUUUUAGGAGCUGCGCAGUCCUCGCUCCAGGUCCCAGCGGGGAUUCUGCUUUAAAGCAGCCAGAUCCUCCCCGCUCCCCUCGACCCACUGCUACUCCAUCCCCCCUUCCCCGCUCUGGGGUAGGGCGGGGGGCAGCAGAGGGACGGGGUCACCCCCAAAAACGGCAUCGCAGGGCAAGAGGUGGAUGCGAACGCCUUGGCUGCGUGUUCAAACCCCACCCCACUGCUGACAGUGCUCCCGUGGCCCCCAGCCCCUUCCAGAACGAUCCACAGGGGACAUCCACCCCCUCCAGUGCCCCCCGAGGAAUAAGGUAAAGCCAGUUCCCCAGAGCCCAGCGUAGAGGGAAGGUGGCGCUGGGGUUUCCAUCCCCACCCACACUGCUCGGAGCUGGGAGCAUUCACAGGGCUGAGCUCGCCCGGGGCCGGGCGGGAAGGGGAGAGUGCGGGCGGGCGCCGGGACAGCGUGUGCAGGAGGCAAGGGCUGGAGGGGAAGCUUUUUCCCCAGGGUGUUGCUCAUGUCCAGCUCAAACCAGUCCAAGAAACCAACCUCCAUUUUCUUUAUUUCGUGGGUUUUUUUCAGACUGUUAAAAAGAAAAAAAUUUUAAAAAGAGAAAAUUACAAAAAAA